AAACAAUAAAUUGAAUGGAGUGCUUCCUCCAAAUAUUAUAAGUCCAGACCUUGUUGCCCUAGAUGUCUCCUUCAAUUUGAUUUCUGGAAACUUACCUCUAAACUUUGCUAAAGUAGGACUAUCAAUGAAUGUAGCUGGAACUUCCAUCAAUGCAAACAGCUUACAGGAUGGGAAGGCCUCUGCAAUGUUGCAUUGCCUCCAAGGGAAUACCCGAUGCUCUAACAAAGUACGAGCCACAUCAUUUUCUGUCAAAUGUGGUGGCACAGACCAAGUAUCUGCAGCAGGCAUCAAAUUUGAUGAUGAUUCAGAAACACUAGAAGCUGCCUCAUUGUACACAAGUGCCAAUUCUCAAUGGGCAGUAAGCAGCACUGGAAUUUUCAUUUCCAACCCAAAUGGACCCCAAUAUAUAGCACAGACAGAUUCUCAAAUCAUGGAGACUCUGGAGUCGGAGCUUUAUAAAACAGCAAGGAUCUCACCAAGCACAUUAAGGUAUUAUGGUCUUGGUUUGAAGAAUGGUAAGUACAAUGUUGAACUCCACUUUGCAGAGAUACAAAUGGAUGACUCUCGAUCUUGGAGAGGUCUGGGGAGGCGUUUAUUCGAUGUUUACAUCCAGGGCAAAAGAGUUCUUCAAGAUUUCAACAUACAAGAGGAAGCAGGUGGAUCCAAGAGAGCGUUGGUAAAAAGAUUCGAGGCAAACGUUACAAACACAAUCAUGGACAUUCAUUUCUUCUGGGCAGGAAGAGGCACUUGCUGCAUUCCAUUUCAAAGCACAUAUGGACCAUUAGUGUCAGCUAUCCAUGUUUCCCAAGUGUCUGAUGGUGUUGGUUCUUCCAAACGUGACAAGAAACGCAUUGGAAUACUUGUUGGAAUAGCAUUUGGAUCUGCAACUGGGCUAGUGAUAAUCUCCUCCAUAUUCUACUUGUGGUGGACAAAGGAAUCACCAGGACACAUGCGAGUCCUCACAGACUCACCAAGAAUGGGUAGUUUCAAACCAAUGCAGAUACAUAGUCCAAAGAGUAUCAGAAUGUAG